AUGUUAACCUCCGACUAUCUGUUGGUCCUUUUUGUGAUCAUAUUUUUGGACGUAGGGACAGAUGCAACACUGGAGGGUUCCUCCAUGGGUUACCUGAGUCUGCCUUAUAGUGACGAGCCUGUGGUGUUUCCACGGAUCGUUCAUGUAUCUGAUGUCAAAGUAGCUGAUGAAAGCCGUGCAGUUAUCUCACGACGGAAACGAAACAUCCUUUUCCCAAGUGGAGUCAAACUCUGUGCACAGGAGACAAUCGAGCAAGUCGUUGCAAACCACCUCAGCUACUUUCAUCUCAGAGUGUGCCAGGAGACCAUAUGGGAGGCUUUCAAGAUCUUCUGGGACCGCCUGCCAGAGCAAGAAGAGUACCAAAGCUGGAUGAGCCAGUGCCAGGAGGGCACCGUCACGGCACAAGAUAUUGGCAGCUACUUCAGCCAAUCGGAGGAGCAUCAGGCUCUGGUUAAAAAUAGAAUGUCAAUGCCUGGUUUGAAAAGUGAGCCCACCAGGUCCUGGCAGCACAUGUGCAGCACUCCAACACCAAGAGCUCCAGAUGUUGUUGAAGCUCCUGAGCUUGAAGAGGCAGCUAAAGAAGAGGAGGUGGAGGAGGCAGAAGAGGAAGUGGAGGAAGAAGCCGCCAUUGACCCAGAGGUGGAGGAGAGUCCACUGGACAAUGACAUUGCUGUGGAGCCUCCCACCCCCGCAGUGCUGGAGCAGGUGGUGGAGCUCAGCAUCCUCCUGACAGGGGAGACGUACAAUGACGACCUCGACAAUCCAGCCAGCCUCCAGCACCAAACGCUCAGCAGACAGCUUGCUGAAAAGAUCGAGGACGCUCUGCAGGGGCUUCCUGGAUUUAAGAGUGUGUCAGUGCUGGACUUCAGGCCCCAGAAGGACACCCAAGGGCUGGGUGGCGUGGUGGUGGACUAUGCUGUCACAGUGGUGGUGGACGGAGCCGGAGUGAGCAAUGAGCAAUUGGACUACCUGACGUUGCAGUCGAACCUGGUGGAGAACUCAUACCGGGAGGUCGUGGAGCUCCCGACGGUGGUGUACACCAUCAGUGAGGUGAAAAACUUCAUCACUGAAGCCCUGCACAACGACGCGCUGGAGAGCGUGUCUGAGGUCCCGGAGACUGUCAACGCUGCAGACGGAGCUGCGAUUAAUGCUGCCGAUGAGCCACCAGAGGUCACGAUCCUAGAGGAGGACACAGAGGAUGUCAGCAACGACAACAUCCAGCUUGAGUCCUCCGAAACCAACACAGUGUCAGCAGCAGAAAACGACAUCAUUGUUCUGGAGGAGAGCGUGGUUGUGUCACCUAAUCCUGUCCUGACCACGAUUGCACCUGAAGCUGGCAGCAUUGAGGAGGAGGGUCUGCUGCCAGGAGACAAUAUGCAGGCUCCUGCUGCAGAAAACCCCCCACCAGAGGAGCUCCCAGCGGAGCUUCCCCCUCCUGAGCUGCCAGAGGACGUCACACUUCCUGAACCACCAGUGGAGGUCGAGGCCUCUGGUUCGGAUGCAGAUAACCUGGAGGUCCUGCUCCAGCCGUCUACAAACACAGAAGAGGAGGCUUCUCCUGAGGAGACUGGAUCGGAGGAAGGGCUGAUAACAGAAGAUGUCCCUGUUAAUGCAGAUGCAAUCUCUGAAGCUGAUACUGAGGACGUUGAGGUUGCUGCAGUGGAAGAAGAACCUACAAGUGCAACAGUGGAAGAGGAGCACGUGGAUGAGGUUGUUGUGGAGGAGGCAGAGACUCCGGAGGAGCACGUGGAUGAGGUUGUUGUGGAGGAGGCAGAGACUCCGGAGGAGCACGUGGAUGAGGUUGUUGUGGACGAGGCAGAGACUUCGGAGGAGCACGUGGAUGAGGUUGUUGUGGACGAGGCAGAGACUCCGGAGGAGCAUGUGGAUGAGGUUGUUGUGGACGAGGCAGAGACUCCAGAGGAGCACGUGGAUGAGGUUGUAGUGAUCGAGGCAGAGAUCCCAGAGGAGCUUGAGAUCUCCACAAUUGCGACUGAGACCACAGAAGAAGAAGUCCUGCCUGCCCUGGUCCCUCCUUCUGAUGCUGUAGAAGUAGCAGUUGAAGCAUCAGAGCCGGACAUAACAGAAAUAGGUUUGCCUCCUGUUGAUGAAGACUCGGUGGAGGUCGCAGAAGAAGAGUCCAACCUCACAGAUGUUCUGUCUGCAGAUGAGGAAGUUAACACAGAGGAACCAGAAGACGUAGACAUCAACGUGGUGGUGACGUACCCUGAGGAACCUGCAUCUGAAGAGGACAGUGAGGGACAAGAGGUGAAGGAAACGCCUGAAGCUCCACCUGUAGAGGAAGAGGGUCCAGCAGCUCCAGAAAUCUCAGCAGAGGACCUCACAGAUGACGAGAUCUUACUGGUCAACGAAGAGGAACCAGAGCCACCAGUCACGGAUUCUCUGAUCCCUGCCCAACCGACUGCCCUGUCUCCAGAGAGGGAGUCACCUUUCACCCGCAUCGCUGACGUUGACCCUGCUCCUGAGGGGCAACCUGACAGCAUCGUCCCUUCACUGGUUGAGAUCCAGACCACUAAUGGAGGCUUAGAUGAUGCCACCAUCGGAGACCAGGACUACGAUGUGAUCCAUUAUGGUUAUGGUUUGACCAACCACACAGAGGAGGGCAGCACUGGUUUCCCGUUUGGUGUAGCGCACGGCACAGAUCAAGUCAGUCUCGCCAUGCCUGUGAACCCUGGACGAGCCCUGAUGGUGUUUUUCAGCUUGAGGGUGACCAACAUGAUCUUCUCAGACGACCUCUUUAACAAGAGCUCCCCAGAGUACAAAGCUUUGGAGCAACGCUUCAUAGAGCUGCUUGUGCCGUACCUGCAGUCCAACCUCAGCAACUUUGAGAACCUGGAGAUCCUGAACUUCAGGAAUGGGAGCAUUGUGGUCAACAGCCGCAUGAAAUUUGGCAAACCUGUGCCUCAAAGUGUCACCAGCACCGUGUAUCUGAUCCUGGAGGACUUCUGCAACACAGCCUACCAGACCAUGAACCUGGCCAUCGAUAAGUACUCACUGGAUGUUGAGUCAGGUGACAAGGCCGACCCCUGUAAGUUCCAGGCGUGUAACGAGUACGCGGAGUGUAAGGUGAACAAGUGGUCGGGCGAGGCGGAGUGUGUCUGUAAUGCUGGCUACUUCAGCGUGGACGGCCUGCCGUGUCAGAGUAUCUGUGAGCUACGCACCGACUUCUGCCUCAAUGACGGCAAGUGUGACAUCAUCCCCGGCCAGGGAGCCAUCUGCAGGUGUCGUGUCGGGGAGAACUGGUGGUACAGGGGGGAGCACUGUGAGGAGUACGUAUCUGAGCCGCUGGUGGUCGGCAUAGCGAUUGCCUCCGUCGCUGGAUUCCUAUUGGUGGCCUCGGGAGUUAUCUUCUUCCUUGCGAGGACUUUACGGGAUCAAUAUGACAAGGAUGAGUCAGAGGACCCCAUACGGCAUGCAGAAAGUCUCCCGUCUCUGGAGAGAGCGACUAAGUACAACCCCAUGUAUGAGAGCGAGGCCACCACCGGCUACAGCCACUACUACCGCCGCUACCCUGAAGCUCCUGUGUACAGCAGUGCCAGCGCCGAGGCCUCCACUGACUUCAGCAGCGAAGAGAUACGACACAUCUAUGAAAACAGUGAACUCACCAAGGAGGAAAUCCAAGACAGGAUACGCAUUAUUGAGCUCUACGCGAAGGACCGGCAGUUUGCAGACUUCGUACGGCAUCAUCAAGCCGUCGUUGAUACCCGCAGAGAGAGCUCCUCAGCGCAUACAUGAAUCUCUCCUGUGAACAAAAAGAAACAUGCCUCUAUAUUAAAAAAGUGAAGCUCCCUGUCAAGACUCUGGGCUCAUGGACUGCUUAAGACGGACUGUCUUUCAGCACGCUGCUCUUUAUCUUCUCGACCAAACGACCAACUCUGUCUCUCACUGAGGUGUUGACUGCUCUUCCUCCUUCUUUUCUUUGUGCCUUCUCUUGACUGAGUGAGCUGGUUGUGACAUCAAGUGUUUGCUGCUCAUCGACUGAAUGUCUCCCAUUUAGGGAAAACUGGACCGCAUCCUAAUACUUGAAAUAUUCAUCACAAUACUGUCUGCAGUAGUACUUUUGUUUAGUGGAAUAAUCGGAUUUGUGUCAUCAUGUCAUAUAUGUCCAUUCCUAAAGGGAAGAACUUAAAACUGUGAAUAUGUAUAUAGUACUACUGUUAGUUUGCUAGUUAGAAGGGACUCAUUAUGCUUUUCAUUGUUUUCUGUCACAUGUGUAUUCUUACAGUGUCGGAUGUUCAUAUUAAACGUGGCCAAAAUUUCGAGUAACGAGAUAAACGUAUGAAAACAGUGAGCAAAAACUAACUCUCACAGGAAUAACAUCAGGCUUCAGGCAAUGUUUCCAAUGUUUCUGUUUCCAGCAUUUUUUACUUUUAAGAAAAGCUGAUUUUUUUUUUUAUAUGGCCAUCUGCUCCGGGUACACUACUGCAAGUGGUUACAUUACAUAGCCUACACCGCUACGUAAUGUUUUUGCUAUAUGCUAAUUUCUCACAUGCUAACUUUUUCAUUUCUCCCUGGUUGUGAAGAUGUUCGUUUAGCAUUUUUUAUAGUACAAAGUGCUGCUAUAAUCUGUUACAGUUAUUCCCCAGAUGCAAACACAUAGCUACAUGUAGCUACAUGAUGUUGUUAAUUUCUCACCACUUUAGGAUAAUAUUCCAGUUAAACAUUUCAGGUUAUGCUUAGAAGCUUUAAGGGAUAAUUUCUCAGAGAAGAAAAUGCUGGGCUAAUCUUUUAUAGUCAUCUCCCGUCUGCAGGUACACUACUACAUGUAGCUACAUGCUAACAUCAGGAAAACAUGUAACUUUGGUUGCAGAUGUUGUACAUUUCUCCCCACAAUUAAGAAUCAUAUUCCUGCUGGAACUUUCCAUUUGUGUUUAAAAGCUUUUAUUUGUUAUUUUGAAAGGAGGAAAGUGCUGCUAAACACAGGCAUUACCCCACUGCAAGAACCUAAGAUUAUCAUGCUAACAUCAGGGAAACAGUUAAUUUUGGUUGCCGUUUUUUUUACUUUCUCCACAAUUUCAGAUCAUAGUCACCAACACGUUUGGUUGUGUUUAGAAGGUUUUAAUCAUGAUUUUUAAGGCGA